AUGGGGAGCGCGGCGCUGGGGGACGGCCCGUGGGUGCUGCGGGCACUCACCGGGUGCCUGCUGGGCGCCCUGGUGCUGAGCACGCUGCUGGGCAAUGCGCUUGUGUGCCUCGCCGUCCUGCGCUUCCGCCACCUCCGCAACAAGGUCACCAACUGGUUCGUGCUGUCACUGGCCAUCUCGGACCUCUGCGUGGCCCUUUUGGUGAUGCCCUGGAAGGCGGUCACUGAGGUGGCUGGAGGCUCCUGGCUCUUUGGCAGCCACUUUUGUGACACCUGGGUGGCCUUCGACAUCAUGUGCUCCACCGCCUCCAUCCUCCACCUCUGCAUCAUCAGCCUGGACCGGUACUGGGCCAUCGCCAGCCCCUUUCGCUAUGAGCGCAGGAUGACGCAGCGCCUUGCUUGUGCCAUGAUAGCCAUGGCCUGGGCUCUCUCCAUCCUCAUCUCCUUCAUCCCUGUGCAGCUACACUGGCAUAAAGCCAAGGACAGUAGAGAUCCAGGCUCCUGGCUACCCGGGACACCCCGUUGUGACGUCAGGUUGAACCGCACUUACGCCAUCACCUCCUCCCUUAUCAGCUUCUACAUCCCCGUGGCCAUAAUGAUCAUCACCUAUACCAGGAUCUACAGAAUUGCCCAGGCCCAGAUCCGCCGCAUCUCCACCCUUGAGAGAGCAGCGGGGCAGUGGCCAGCUCCUGGCAAGGAGCCCACCUCCUCUUUGCGGAGUUCCUUGCACAAGGAGACCAGGGUGCUGCAGACCCUUUCUAUCAUAAUGGGAGUCUUUGUUUGCUGCUGGCUGCCCUUCUUCCUGCUGAACUGCCUGCUGCCUUUCUGCCAGCCCAGCCUCGAGGAGGACCCUGAAGGACAGUCACUCUGUAUUGGCCAAACCACCUUCAACGUCUUUGUGUGGUUUGGCUGGGCCAACUCUUCAGUGAAUCCAGUGAUCUAUGCUUUCAACGCAGACUUCAGGAGGGCUUUCAGCAAUCUCUUGGGCUGCCAGUGCUGCUGCUGUGGCACACCCGAAUCCCCUGUGGAGAGGGUCAACUUCAGCAAUGAGCUGGUUUCCUAUCACCAUGACACCACCUGCCAGAAGGAAGGAGCUGUCCCAUUGUCAGUGCCUCCUGCUGCCACCACUGCCUGGGUGCAGCCCGUGCCCCAUGCCAUAAACCUCCAGGGAGAGGACAGCAGUGAGGAGAUGUCUAUGGAGAAGAGGGUUGUGACUUCUCAGACACAGACUGCCCUUGGCAGCAGCCCUAGCAGUUGUCAAGUGCCAGCUAUUUUGCAAUUGGAUUGCAAGGCAAAGCCAUCCCUGUAAACUGCUGCCCCCUGUACAGGACUUGGUCAGUGUGCGGGACCCCAUUGCCUUGUCUCAGAGGGAUGAGUGAUUAAACACAUCUCACACACACAGCCACCGCACAGGGAGAGUUCUUCCUGUCUUUAUGUAAGUUCCCCAGCAACAAAAGUCCCAUGCCAGAGGGAUGGGAAAACACUGCUCUUACCACAGAGGGGUGAUAGGCAUAUGGAGUCCAUUCCAAAGGCACAUAGCAGCCGCACAUUAACCUCUUCCCAUGGCAACCUUCACCCCUUACUCUCACAGUCAUUAGAUAUCUCCAAUGCAUUUGUUCACCCCCAUUCUACAGUCAAACUUGAGGUAUAUAUUAGGAAUAGUGAGAUAUUAGAUCAAAGUAAAAAAACUCAUCAUUCAGGCAGCCAAUCCCUCCAGAAAGUAGAAAUAUAAUAUGAUCCACAAAAGAAAGAGUGACCAGGUCAUCUCUGUCAACCCAUUUCACUACUUGUAAAUAUGAAGUUCAACAAAAGGCACAGCAAAUAGGUGGCUUGCAGGAGAGAGAAUACUGGGAAAAGUUUGUGAUCAUUUCUAUCUGUGUAGAAGGGUUCAGCAGACAUUAAGGCAAUACAGUGGCAUCUCAUUGUCCUCUGUUUCUCUGUCCACUACUUAAAGGUUCUGCUGCUGAGCAUUUAAGACUGUGCUCCACUCACCACCAUCCUUGCCCCAUUUUUUCCGUCCCCCACCUAUGAUGGGUUGCCUUUGAUUUAUCUCAGGAAGAUGAUGAAGAUGUGUCUGUCCAGAAAGAGACAUAAAGAAUGCUUACACUGCAAGAGCUCUCUUGGGCAUUGUCUCAUAGAUGGUACAGAUGAUAUUCUUCAGAACAGUGAUCUGUGCUGAAAGGACAGCAGCAGAAAAGAGACUCUCCUCCCAGUGAUCCUGCUCCCUGUGAUUUUAAACCAUGUGUAGUUCUUAAAUCCCUGUAAGCAUUUUCCCUAUCAUUAGUUCUUAUGGGAAAAUAUGCUCUUGCUAUCCUGCUCUUUUCAGAAAUGUGUCCUUGGGGAAUACUUGGGUGUGACUGCCAUCUGUUCUUCAUGGACUACACUGGCAGGACAAGAGGUAAUGGGCUGUAAGGAAGACCAAGGCAAAAACUUGUAAAAACUUUCUAAGAAUAAGGAUAAUUAAGCACUGGAGUAUAUUGCCUAGGUAAAUGAUGACAUAUCUCUCAGUGAAAUGACUGUAAGCUUCUGUCAGCUAUGACAGUGACAGUGAUCCUUGGGGCAGAGGCACAGAGUAAUGGUCUCUUGAGAUAAUCUCUAGUCCUGCUUCACUAUGACAAUAUGUCUCCUUAAGAAGCAUUGUGCUUAAGAUGUUUGGCUGUGUGUUUUUUUUGCAUGCAACUAUCCUUAGAUAUUCUUGAGACAAAAAAGAUACAGAUAAGAACUGUGAGAUGCCAUUGGUAUACUUAUUUUUUUUAGUGAUUAUCCAUGUUUCUGAGCAUUUAACAACUAUCAUUCAAGCAUGCCUAGUGCCUCCUCUGGAGAGCAACCCUGAAAUAAACCUGAAAUAAUUGUGUUGCCUUAAAAAAGAUACAAAAUGUUUUUUUGUUUUGAUUCCCAUUGAUUCGUUUCUAGGUGAUCCUAUAUGAACUGUACAUGGAUGCUGUACACAGAUGUUAGAGAUUCAAUUUGUGAGUAUUUUCCUCAAUACAUUUCUUUCUUCUUACACAAACCAGAAACACAUAAGAAUGUCAGAGUCUAACUCCUUAAAAAAACCAAACCAAACCAAAACAAAACAAACAAAAACAAAAACAAAAAAAAAAAAAAAAAAAAAAAAAAAAAAAAAAAACCAAACAAAAAAAACCCAAAACAAACCCAAACAAACAAAUUUAUAUGUUCAAGCUCUAGGAGACAUCUCAUUCCAUGCUCUCCACACUAAAACCCAUCCUGGGGAGAUACUGAUAAACCUGACAAGAUACUACCCUGAAGUGUGAACUACCCUGAAGUGUGACUUCCCAACUGCCUGCUGCCCUUCUGUUUCUGUUGCACAAGCUUCAGCUGGCUCCAUCCCUCAGAGAGUGAACUGUCCCUGCCCUCACACCUUCCAGCUCAUGGGCAGGCACUCCUCUGGCAGUCGAGGCCACACAUGAAAUUAUUAUGCACAGGAGAUAAUUUUUUUUUAGUAUGUGUACAGUCUCAUUAUUAGUGAUAAAAGACGUUAAUGGAAGAGAAAGAUUUACUUUCUCCCAAGUUUUGCCCUGCUAUGGGAGCUGUCUCGCCCAGGAAUUAGGCUGGAUUAGCUAUUUAGAGUGAUGAUGAAAAUGGUGAAGGGCAGAGUGGGUAGCAGAAAUUAGGCAAUGGAUAUAUCUGAGUAAUGUUUUCUCUUAAGAACAAUCAAAAAUGCAUGGUAGCUUCAAUCUAUGAAACAAUAUUCAUGUUAAGAAUUGAAAACUGUUUGUGUCAGUGCUUGUGGUCAUAGUUUAAAUAUGCUUCAUUAAUAGGUCAGAUUGUACCUGAAAAUAAAUGUACGUUUUCCUGAAGAAAAACUCCUGGUCUUUACUGCAGCUUUUUAAAGUGACAACUUGAAAUUGUUUUUUGUAAGUGAUGUUGGAAAUAAUUGUUUGUAGCUAAUUGCUAAUGGUUAUUACUGAUGUGCAGAUGAUACACAUUACAGUAGUUUACAGUUGUAGGGUCUGCUGCAGUAAGUGCAUUGUAAUGAUCAACACUGCAAUAAAUUUCAGA